UGGGUUCUUGCUUGGGUUUAGCAGCCAAGAGGAUUUCUGUGCUCUCCAAGUAUUCCUUUCUCUCUCGUUGUCGCGGUCUCUUUUCUUGAUGCGCUUUAGAGCUUACCAUGGGGGCAAGGUUUGGGUUUGAUCUAUGGCUGCCACAGCAUGCACAUUGUGUAGCCUGGUUUCCAUUUGAUCGAUCGGUUCCUGAGAUCAUAGAGGUUCAGACAUCUCAGGUAUGCAGGACCAGCUGAUCUGCAGCGGCUGCAAGCGUGUCCUUGAGUACCGGAGAGGAGCCACCGGCGUCUGCUGUCCAGGCUGCAACACUUUCACCGCCGCCAAUCCAUCAGGAUCGGAGAUGUCUGAACUCGUCUGCGGCGGCUGCUUCACCAUGCUCGUGUACAACCGCGGCGCCGCCAACAUUCGCUGCCCGCACUGCGGCAGGGUGAACUCGACAAGAUCAGCAGCGAACCAGAUUGGCCACCUGUCAUGCGGGCAUUGCCGGACUACUCUGGCAUACCCACCGGGAGCCUCAACCGUCGGAUGCCCAACAUGUCGCUGUGUUAAUCCUGUCAGGAACAACAACUCUGGUGGCUCCGCACGGCCUGCGCAAUCGGAUGCUCGGCCCCAGACGGUUCUGGUGGAGAAUCCUAAGACGCUGGAUGAAAAGGGCAAACUGGUGAGCAAUGUCGCCGUUGGCGUCACCUCGUGGAAAAGAUGACCAAGCUAAAACUUCUCCGCGGCACCAGCAUCCCGAGGAUCUACUGAUUAAACCCUCGGUGAUGAACAUGUAUAACUAUUAUCAUCGAAUUAAUGUAAAAUCAAGUGUGUUUUGAAGCUUGAUAAAAAAUUGUAACAGUUGAACGGCAAAAGAUCUGAAAAUGUAAAUAUGAUGGCCGUGUGCGCUAGCCUAUGUACUCCAAGCCAAAAAGGAAUGGAAAGGAGCGAGGCAUUGUGUCCUGAGAAUUUUAUUCCUUGUC